CAAUAAGCACAACCCCUGAAGAGAAACCCACCCCACAACCGAGUGAUCUCAAAGGCUUGAACUAAAACCAAGCUACAUGAGCUCAGAGCUGCCGCAGGACUGAAAACCCAAGAGCUGCCACAGCCAGAUCCAGUUUUAGUGGGAGCUGCGAGCAGGAAUGCUGUUCUUGGGAAGUGUAAAAAUAAUGAAGUGGAGGCAGCUCUUCUGGAUUGCGUUCUGUGUCGUGGAGUUGUCUGGCAAAGCUUCUGGGAGCACAACAGACACCCUCAAACCCACGGCCCUGGCCACAGAAACGAAAGGCAGCAGCAGCACGGCAGCCACCGAAGCCCCCGGAACCCCUGGAGCCCCCAGCAGUGCCAAGCCGACGCCAGAGACAUCCACUGCAACCGGGUCCCUGGCAGCCAGCCCCACCUCCCCAAGGCUCAGCAGCGAGCGGACGAGCCCGCAGCCCAGCCGAGCCCACACACAGCCACUGAGCACCCCCUUGCACCCAGACCACAUGAGCCGAGGGGUCCCCACAACCGAGAGCCCAACGACAGGACCCAGCACGACGGCAGAAACCCGAGGGUCCACACCAGCUCUGACGAGCUCUCCUGCCACCUCGGGGCAUCCUCCCAUCUCAGCUGCCACCACGCCACCACACACAGGCAGGGACAGCCCAAAGCCCAUCACAUGCCACAAUGUCAAAGAAGUGAGCGACACCGGAGCCAUCUGCUUGCAGCUCAACGAGUCCAACACUUGCAAACAUUUUUUAGAGAUGAAGGGAUUGGACUUAUGGAGUGCAAUAUGUAAAGAGAGUGCCCGCCACGUUCCCUCCCCCUGCCAGAUUAAACUCGCUAAAUCCGAGGUGGACCGUGACUGUAUGCUCCUCAUCCUCGUCGGUGAAAAAGAUCCUGCUACAGAUAUGCUCCAGGAAUCUCACUGGGAAAAGUUUGGAAUAAAAUCCCUUAAACGGGGGAGCGUGAGGAACCACCAGGACUUUUCUCAGAAGACCCUGAUCGCCUUGGUCACAUCUGGACUCAUGCUGGCGUUCCUGGGCCUGGCUGGAUAUUUCCUGAUGAAGCGGCGGAGCUGGAGCCCGGCGGGAGAGAGGCUGGCUGAAGACCCAUAUUACACGGAAAACGGUAGCCAGGGAAACACGAUGUUGAUGAUGUCCCCCCAAGAGCAACCCGAGCUGCAGGAGAAGCCAAACCUCAACGGCGGGACUCAGGAGAACGGGACUGGCCAAGCGUCCUCCAAAAACGGCCACUCAGCCAGGCAGCACAGCCCCGCCGACACCGAAAUGUGAACCGGGCGGAGGAGUGCAUCCUUACCGCGAUCGAGGAGGGGAGCGGCGAGACAAGGAAGGGCAAGAGUUUUCUAUGGACAGUUAGGGAAUUGCAGACCUUUUUUUUUUUAUUAUUAUUAUUUCUGUGAAGAACUUCAAAAUCAGCCUAAAGCACAUUAAGCGUCAGAGCUGCCAAAGACCUGCUUCUCUGCCUCCUACUUCUCCCAUUGACACACAAGACACUUUGUCGCAGCUGUUCUCUGCUUUUGUUGUUAGAAGAACAUAAUGAGAAAUGCAAGUGCCCUUAGCCCUGAACAGCUUUUAAGCAGAAGCAGGCUGAAGCUACAGAAGCCUUGAGCCAGACUCCAAACAGCCAAAAUUUUUGGUGGCAGUGUGUUAGGCUGAUUAAAAUAGUUAAAUUGGGAUUUCAGUGACAAAAACCUCUCAGGUUUCAGAUAAUUUUGGUUGACAGAGUUGGUUUUUAUCUCAUCUUUAUGUUUAAGUGCAGGAUUUCUUCCUCUUUUAAGAACAUCAGGCAUUUACUCCCCCUUCUUGUGCUUUAGGUCUUCUUUAGUAUUUCCUACUCCAGCAGAAUUUGCUGAAGCUCUGUGUAAAGCUUUCCACAUGGAAUUGAAGGCUGAAAUGUGAAUAGAACUCAGACUUGUUUCUUUUUCAAUCCUACCAGUACGCAGGCAGUUGGUUUAGAGCAAAAAUCUUCCCCAGUCUCUUCAUGUCAGGGACUGGAGACGGCGUGUGACGGGGCAGAGCCGGCAAUCAAUCACUUGAGUGAGAUGGAGAACAUUCGAUACGGCUGUAGACGGCUCUACAGACGCGUGGGGCCGGCAGUGCCACCACCCUCCCUCCCGACACACCAGGGCUGGUCCCGGGGGGUCUGGAGCACAAGUCUGAUGAGGAGCGGCUGAGGGAGCUGGGGUUGUUCCGUCUGGAGAAGAGGAGGCUGAGGGGAGACCUCAUCACUCCCUACAGUUACCUGAAAGGGGGUUGUGGGGAGGUGGG